AUGACGUUUUCCUCCUUCUCCUCAACAAGAAGAAGAGGAGGAUGCUUGUUCUUCCUUUCAUCGUCAUCUUCAUCAUCAUCCUCUCUCCCAAAAACAAUCCCCUACCGAUUAAGAUCGUCCUCGUCAAUGUCCUCCUCCAUCAUCAUCGCCAUGUCCAAUUAUUAUUUAUUUUGUGUUCUUGUAUUCAUGAGUCUCCUUGUCAUUCUCUCCAACCACUCGAAUUUUGUAGAAUCACUCACCUUUUCCAAACGCUUUCUUGGAAAUAACUGCACCACACAGACCUACCUCCGUGAUUGUGGUGAAGAAUUAAUUUGCGAUCCUCUCAUCGGAAAAUGUACUUUUUGUACCAAUACGACUCAAUGUUCGAAUAUAUUUGGAUCAAUGAAUCAAUGUAGAAGAUCAAUUUUUGGAAAUGAUUUUGCAAGUUAUCAGAAUAGUUUUGUCACACCACAAGGUUCCACGGUUCAAGCAGGUAUUUGCUAUCACAAGGAUUUAUUUCCAAGAUUUUCCUAUUUGGAUGCCAUUUCGACAGUUUUUUCCUUUUUGGGAGUGUGUUGGCUUCGGUGGCAGGAAUUGGAGGUGGUGGUGUGA